CCAAGCUCUUCAUGCAGUGUUGAUGCUAAAUUAAUUCCAGGAACAACACGCUGAAUUUCCUUUCAUCUGGAGUUCGCCUAUUUUUCUUGCACACACCAUACGCAUACAGCUUCAAAGAUGAAAACAAGAGAAUUAGAAAGAAAGGAGCCGGUUGAAAUGUUUAAAGGACGUUCUAUGUUUCUCUUUACGAUUGUUCACGUCAUAUUUACAAUAUUAUUGUUCGUAGCAAUGACGCAUAUUCAAAUGCAAAUGAGCAGCCAUAUUGCACAGCAAGAACGAGAAAAUAAAGAACUGAGGGAAAUAUUGACAAAUUAUGAAUACAUGCAUACACAAAAUGGAGACAGGGAGAAACAAAACAGCGAUUUUGAGAUACAACAAUACAAGACAAGACAAUCUCAAUACAAGACAAGCAAGUCAAAGGUCAGAACACUGCUGGUAUAUAGACAAUAGCAAUGCCACCUUCGAAAAUAAAUUUCCAAUACAAUUGACUUCACGUUUAUAGGAAAUGAAUGAAAAUGAGGAGGACACUGACGAAGAAAACAAUGAUGAUGGAGUACCAAUGACUUUGCGAAAUAAGAGAAAUGCCAAACCAAGUUGUUGCGGUGAGACGUACUUUAUUUUUAUCACGCUUUAGGAGAUUUAUAAUAUUGUAAUAUGAAACUAGUGUUUGUAAUCAAAGAAAUUGAAUCACAAAUAAUAUAAUUUUCUUUUAGGCAAAUGUAAAGGCUACGUUUAUACUGCCGUAACUACGGUGGAAUGUAACGGCCCAUGUCAUGACCAUUCAUUAAUAAAAAUGCAUAUAGAGAAUUUGGGAACUUUUUUUCAAAUAAUACUUGUACUGUUGAGCUCUUAGUUGUAUUUGCUAUCAUAUGUAUUUAUUAUCAUUUGUAUUUGUAUUUCCUUUACCAAUAGUAAACUGGAUAACCAUUCUGUUACAGGGAGAGGACAGAAAGGAGGAAAAGGACAAAAAGGUAAGAUCAAUUUUAAUUUGCAUGCUUUUGUCAGUAAAGCAUGAUAUAAAACAUUCUGUUCACAUUAUUUAUUUGCAAUAAUUUAGGUUCUCGAGGUAGACGAGGGCGAAGAGGUAGGUUAUACGAAACUGCAAUAAUUGGGGAACAAAUACUAAUAGAAUAUGCAGUAGUUUACUUUCUGCCAAUUAUUGUUUGCUGCAUGAUUACGGGUUUUUUUCUAGGUCAAAAAGGUGAUCCAGGAAUCUUCGGAGCGAAAGGAGAUAAAGGAGACAGAGGUGGGAGUAUAUAUUAGCCUUCAUUUAAAGUAUAUAUCGCAAAAACGUAAAACUUACACAUGGAGCGUGCAAGCUACGAUGGGCAUUGCUUAUUUGCAGCCAAACGGAUUAGGCAUUAGCUUAGUGAACC